CGCCAAUAACUUUAAUUAAUGUUAAAUUCUAGAACUUAAUUAUUCGCAUUACGAUUGGGAAUUAUGACUUUUAUUAAAAUGCUUUGUGAAUAAUGGUCGAAUGAUUAGACCUUGUAUCAUCUAUCAUUAAUUAAAUGUAUGUAUUUUGAUUUGCAAUAAAAUAUAGAGAUUUUAAGGAAAAUUGCGAAAGAAAAAAUAUACAGAGUGUUACAAAUUGACAACUAAGUAUGAGAGAUUUCGCCCAGCAGAUUGUUCAAAACAUCCAAGAGUGUUCCGCAAUAAUGUCGUCAAAAAUGAAAGCCAGCAUAACCGAUUUCCAAAAAUAUUGCGAAAAAGCCAUCGGAAAAUUAACUCCUGAAUGCAUUGAAGCCUUCAGACAAACCAAAGAUGACAUUUCAAGGAUCCAACUCAUGUACGAUGUGGCCAAACAAAUUCCUUUAAGUGCCUGCGAAAGUGACAAAGCCUUUAAACUUGCCGAAGCAAAGAAAAAUGAGGGCAACAAGUAUUUUGCGAAAAAAGAUUACCAUAAGGCAAUCAGAUGUUAUAAUGAUGGCAUUAUAUGUUGCCCCCAAGAAUCAAUCCCUGAUAGAGAACUACUAACAAUUUUAGUUUCGAAUCGUAGCGCAACAAAUUUCGAGUUGGACAAAUACCGUAGAGUCCUGGACGAUAUUGAUUACAUCAGUGAAAUAGGAGAUUAUCCGGCCAAUUUGAAAUACAAACUCUGGCUAAGAAAGGCCAAAUCUUAUGAUGCUUUGCAAAAUAAGAAACUGGCCACUGAAGCUUACAGUGAAGCGUUGAAAUGCUUGAAACAGAGCGAUUUGAAAGAGGAUGUUGUGCAAAGUAAAAUAGAAGAGAUUGAAAAGGCUAAAAAGGGUGGUGGUGUGAUAAAAAAGGAAAAUAAGCUGGAAUUGAUACCUUUGGCUUUUACUGAGGACAGGUUUGUGGGCGGUGAGGAAUUUGUUGCUGCUAAUCCUAACAUUACUGUUGGUCAAGAUGCUUAUCAGGGACGGUAUGCUAAAGCUACUGGAGAUAUUGAAACAGGUACCAUCCUAGUAGAAGAAACCCCAUUCUGCUCGGUAGUGGACAAAGACCACGCCCUAACCAAUUGCCAAUACUGCUUGGCCUCUGUAGAAUUACCUAUAGCUUGUCCUGGUUGCGUGGACGUCAUCUUUUGCAGCACGCACUGUAGCAGAUUGGCGACGAAAUCGUUCCACGCUGUAGAAUGUGGCUUCCAAAAGCAACUUUUCGAUUCGGGAGCUUCGGUUAACUGUUUGCUCGCCAUGAGAAUCAUCAACCAAAAGCCGCUGAAGUUUUUUCUAGAAAAGAAAAAUAAAUUGAAGGAUUACAUGAAGGAUUCUUGCAAGAAAAAUGUUGUAAGGAAAAAAAUAUAUAGAUCUGAUGAUUACGAUAACGUAUUUUUUCUAUGCCGCAAUGAAGUAAUGCGUAAAAAAGAAGAGCUAAUUCAUUACGCUUGCAUGUCGAUUUAUCUUUUGAGAAUUUUGAAACAAGGAUAUUAUUUUGCUGAAUCCAGCAAUGACUUAUUAACUGAAGAUGAAUUAUUUAUUGGCACCUUAAUUUUACGUCAUCUACAAAUUUUACAAUUCAAUGCUCACGAAAUUUCGGAAUUACAAAACACCUACAAUGAAGCUACAGUGAGUUAUCUUAAUAAUACCAUUGGUGCAGGGCUUUAUCCAACUCUGGCUCUAUUUAAUCACUCUUGCGAUCCCAGUAUUGUAAGGUACAAUGUUAGAAAUAAAAUUGUAGUGCGUGCAAUCAAACCAAUCAAAACCGAUGACAUAAUUUAUGAAAAUUAUGGUCCAUUGUAUAUGGGUGAAGCAUUGGAAAAGAGGCAGGAUGAAUUGAAAACGAAUUAUUGGUUCGAAUGUUUGUGUCAGCCUUGUACAGAAUUAUGGCCAAUGUUUCAUGAAAUGCGCGAAAACGAAUUGAGGAUUCCUUGUAAAACAGACAGAUGUCCUUAUGUAUUUACGGUUCAAGAUCAAGAUGAUCCUUUUCUGGAUUGUCCUUAUUGUAAAGGCACCACUGGAUUGUUUCCUUAUCUCAAAGGAUUGAUGAAAUUGGAAGAAAUUCUACCGGAAGCCGAAUACCAGUUGAGCAUUCAUCAGUUUGAAAACGCUCUGAAAAAGUUCGUCCAAGCUUUGGAUAUUUUGUAUAAAUAUUCCAGGCCUCCGCAUCCGGAAAUUAUCAAGGUGCAACAGCGCGUGCGAAUUUGCAUGCUGCAUUUCGGCAAUAAGUCUUACGAUUAUAAGCCGAACUUUCAAUAA